AUGUUUAACGGUGACCGGAGAUUCGCUAGAAAGCACAGUGACGAAGCCGCAAAGCAGUUUUAUGGUUCUGUUGUUGAGGAGGGACCUUCAGGAUUAGUCGGCAAUCGUCGAUCUCGACGGAAAGGCAGAGUCUUUCACUGUGACGGCCUCUUGUUAUGCACCUCCGCCGACGAAUCUAGAUUCGUGGUUUGGAACCCAUUUACUGGCGAGACCAGGUGGUUCCUACCCAGCUACCGUGUGACGAAAGACCGCCAUUUUGCUCUGGGAUACUACAAAGAAGGCAACAAUAAGAGGUACAAAGUGUUGAGCUUUUAUCAUCAUGAAAGAUUUGAAAUGUACGAGUUCGGCUCUGAUUCGUGGAGGGUUGUUGAUGAUAUCAUGGAUCCUGGCUGGCUCUUGGAUACUGUACUCGAACGUACAUCCAAGACUGAGAUAUGGGUGACAAAUAAGAUUGAGACCACCCAAGUGGUGUCGUGGAGCAAGGUCUUAGCAUUUUACAUGAGCCCUGGUCUUCAACUUUUUGACGAGGCAAGGUUCUUGCUCGACGACGAGAAGAAAGUCGUCAUGAUUGCUCUGAAUUGGUAUGACUUUGAAGACGAGACCAAGAGGAGAGAGGCGAUAUACAUUGUUGGGGAGGACAAUGAAGCCACACAAGUUGGAUCUUGGACCAGCGAUAAAGGAUGA